AUCUUAUAAGCACUUGUUUUUCUUUCCUAGUGUUUUUUUUCAUUUGUUUCACUUUUCAAAUUUUGUCAUGGAGUUCAAAUAUCGUGAUGGUCAAAUCCGAAGGACACCAUCACCAUUGCGGAGCCCUCUUCCUUCCAACUCCUAUGUCUCCAAUCGCCCAUUACAUGGGUGUGACUUUGCAUCAGGUGGCUUUCCUAGUAAUGUUUCAGCGCCAAGAGUUUUCCCAAUGGUCAUGCCGAUCAAUGUCAACGAAGUAUUCCAACGAGAGUUGGAGAAAGAGAAAAUAUGGCGAGAGCUAGAGAAGGAAAAAAUCAGGAGAGAAAUCAUUGCUCGUGAGAUGGCUUUUGCACAACGACGAGAGUUGGAAGAUGAAGUGAGAAAGGAAAUGGAGUUAGAGAGAACAUCUAGAAUGUCGAUGCAAAGAUCAGAGGGGAUUGCAUUUCGAGAACCAAUUUCAGAGUCUAUUAAUCAAAGUCGGUCGAAUAACAUUACCAUGUUUGGUGGGCUACCAUUCCAUUUAUCGUCCCAAGCUUCUAAGCAAAUUCACACGGAUAAUAUCCAAUUUGAUAACAAAGAAGCUUCUAAUAGCAAGGAUAAAGUGAUUAUAUUGAAUAAGCCAAAUGAUCAUUGUGGAGAAAAGCGCAAAGCAAUGACACUUGCAAUUGAUGACAAUGAGAGUCUACGGAAGAAAGCCAAGAAGGAGUGGACUUGCGAGUUGUGUCAAAUUUCUACAACAAGUGAGAAAGGCUUGAAUGAUCAUAUUCAAGGGAAAAAACAUAAGGCUAACAAAGAAUCCACUAGAACUCAAAAAAUAGGGCUCGAUUCAAGACCAGAAAGUGAAACACUUCAUUCUUGUUUCACACCCGCGGACACAUGCAAUCUGGAAUCUGAAGAAAAGGGCCAAGUUGUCCAAAACAGCAAAGGUUUAGGUGAUUUGGACGAUCAAAAUAAAACAACUACUAGUAAACAAGCACAUGAAACAAGCGCACUAUCAAAAGGGAAGAAAUUUGAAUUUUGGUGUGAGCUUUGUCAAGUUCAAACUCAAUCAGAAAUUGUCAUGCAAAGUCAUCACAAUGGAAAAAAACACUUGAGAAAUAUGAAGAAAUUGAAUCACAACAAUGAUGGUGUUGCAAAUCUUGGAUAACAAUACAACCCAUGUUAUAUGUUGAGUAGUGUGUACCUUCAUAAAAGUUUAUUUCUUUCAUUUAUUAAUGUGCUAUUUUUUAUAUGCUUUAAAAGUUAUGAUUAUAGAGUUAUAUGAUGAGGAACCCAUUUAACCUGGUGUGAAAAAAGCCUGAGGCAUUGCAUCUUUAUUUAAAUGUACAUCCCUGAAAUUGAAGAGAUAAAUUAAAGAAGAAGAAAAAAAUAUUAUUUUGAAAAUAAAA